GGGGCAGUGAAGUAGUGGCUGGUGGGACUGUGGUCAGCAUGGACGACUUCCAUAUGCAGAGCAUGAAUGAGUCUGUCAUGGACUGCUUAUUACACAGACUAUCGGCAGGUAUACAACAUGGAGUACCAGACCGUCUAUAAGUGUUGUCCGGGAUGGUACCAGCUCAGUAACGACGAGGGCUGCCUAUACCCUGUCUGCAAUUACGGAGUCUGUUUCAAUGGAGGGAAUUGCGCUGAAGGGUCAGCCCAGCUGUGUCACUGCCCCUCCGGCUUCCAGGGCCCCCGCUGUCAGUACGACGUGAAUGAGUGUCAAGCUGAGAACGGAGGCUGCGCAUCUCAGUGCUGCAACACCAUCGGCAGCUUCUACUGCAAGUGCCCAGACGGCCAGAAGCUGCAGGAGGACGGAAAGGCCUGUGGAGAUGUCGAUGAGUGCCAGGUUCACAAUGGGGGCUGCCAGCACAGAUGUGUGAAUACUCCAGGCUCUUACCACUGCGAGUGCCAGACUGGCUUCAGGCUCCACACCGACGGCAGGACCUGUAUCGCACGGAAUCCAUGCACAGACAGGAAUGGAGGCUGCAUGCACAAAUGCCAAGCCCGCCGAGGGGUGGCCCACUGUGAGUGCCACGCUGGAUAUCGACUGGCAGCUGACCACAAGUCCUGUGAAGAUGUAAAUGAGUGCGCCCUGGGACUGGCCAUGUGCUCACACAGCUGCCUCAACACUCGCGGCUCCUUCAAAUGCAUCUGCAACCCGGGCUACGAACUGGGAGCGGACAGCAAGCAGUGCUACCGAAUUGAGAUGGAGAUCGUGAACAGCUGCGAGGCAAACAAUGGAGGCUGCUCCCACGGCUGCAGCCACACCAGUGCCGGCCCCCUCUGCACCUGCCAUCAGGGCUACGAGCUGGACACGGACCAGAAAACGUGCAUUGAUAUUGACGACUGUGCGGGAAGCCCCUGCUGUGCCCAGGCUUGCACCAACAACCCGGGGGGGUAUGAGUGUGGCUGCUACGCCGGGUACCGCCUUAGCACAGACGGCUGCGGAUGUGAUGAUGUGGAUGAGUGUUCCUCCAGCAAUGGUGGGUGCGAGCACAUUUGUGAGAACCUCGUGGGCUCCUUCCAGUGUACUUGUGAAAUUGGUUACAAACUGGAGGAGGAUCGGCGGAGCUGUACCCCACUGGAUGACUCAGUUGAUGCCUUGGAUGGGCGGCAGCCCUUCGUACGCCCCAUUCCCCACAUCGCCGUGCUGCGUGAUGAGCUGACCCAGCUCUUUGAAGAUGAAUACGAGGUGGGGGAUGAGGAGGAGAUGGAAGCCAGAGGAGAGCACACGCUGUCGGAGAAGUUUGUCUGUUUGGAUGACACCUUUGGUCAUGACUGCAGCCUGACGUGUGAUGACUGUAGGAAUGGGGGCACCUGUCGCCCUGAGCUAGAUGGCUGUGACUGUCCUGAGGGAUGGACUGGUAUCAUCUGCAACCAGACUUGUCCCCAGGGCACCUUUGGAAAGAACUGCAGCUCUACCUGUACCUGUCAAAAUGGCGGCACCUGUGAUGCCGUGACUGGGACCUGCCGCUGUCCGCCUGGUGUUGGCGGAGCCCACUGCGAGGAUGGUUGCCCCAAAGGCUUCUAUGGCAAACACUGUAGGAAGAAGUGCCAGUGUGCCAACCGAGGGCGAUGCCAUCGCAUCUAUGGGGCCUGUCUAUGUGACUCUGGGCUGUAUGGACGCUAUUGUCAUUUGGCAUGCCCCAAGUGGGCCUAUGGGCCGGGCUGCUCCGAGGAGUGUCGCUGUGUCCAGCGGAAUACCCGCGAGUGUGACAAGAAGGAUGGCAGCUGCUCGUGUAAGGCGGGCUUCCGGGGCGAGAGGUGCCAGCAUGAAUGUGACCCCGGCUCCUUCGGCCCUGGCUGUCAGCAGACCUGUGUCUGCCCCCCGGGGGUGGCCUGCAACCCCAUGAGUGGCGAGUGCCAGCAACAAUGCCCGGAAGGCUACCAGGGACAGAGCUGCGAGCAAGAAUGUCCCCCAGGAAAAUUUGGCAGUAAUUGUUUUGGAUCCUGUUCCUGUGGAGGGGCCCCCUGUGAUCGGUUCACGGGACAGUGUUUGUGUCCUGCAGGGAGGACUGGGGAUGGAUGCAGCAAAGAUUGCCCUGAUGGGCGCUGGGGUCCUGGCUGCCAGGAGAUCUGCCCUGCCUGUGACAAUAGUGUUGGCUGUGACCCAGUGACCGGAGCCUGCCUGUGCCUCCCUGGAUAUACCGGCAGCCAUUGCCAGGACCUGUGCCCAGCGGGCUCCUUUGGGCAGGGCUGCCAGCUCCGGUGCUCCUGUGGGAAUGAUGGGCACUGCCACCCUGUGACUGGGCGCUGUAGCUGUGCCCCUGGAUGGACCGGUAUCAACUGCAGAAGAGCUUGUGACAUGGGUCGCUGGGGCCCGGACUGCAGGCACUUCUGCAACUGUAGCUACAACCACGGGAGCUGUGAUCCAGUGAGUGGGCAGUGUGUCUGUGAAGCCGGCUACACUGGCCUGCGCUGUGACCAGAAGUGUCCUCAGGGCUGGUUUGGACUGAGCUGCAGUCGCCGGUGCCAGUGUGACAACGGAGCGGCCUGUGACCACGUCAGUGGGGCCUGUACCUGCGGGGCCGGUUGGAGGGGAACCUUCUGCGAGCGGGAAUGCCCUGCUGGCUUUUUUGGCCUGGAGUGCCGGGACACCUGCCAGUGUGCCAACGGGGCCCCCUGUGAUCAUGUGAAUGGCAGCUGCCUGUGCCCUGCCGGCUGGAUCGGCCCCAGCUGCAACCAGACCUGCCCCGCUCACACCUAUGGGGACAAUUGCAGCCUGGCCUGCAGCUGCUUCCAUGGGGCCUCCUGUGACCCAGUCAGCGGGCAGUGCCUGUGUGCCCCUGGCUGGAUGGGGCCCACCUGCCAACAAGCUUGUCCGGUGGGUCUCUAUGGAGCGAAUUGCCACCAGCAUUGCCUUUGUCGGAACGGCGGGACCUGUGACCCCGUCUCAGGCCAUUGCUCGUGUCCAGAGGGGUGGAUUGGUCUGGCCUGUGAGCAAGAAUGCCUCCCGGGGAAGUUCGGAGCUGACUGCCGGCAGAGCUGUGACUGCCUGAAUGGGGGCCACUGUGACCGGCGCACGGGGGAGUGCAUCUGCUGGGCUGGUUGGACUGGAGACAGAUGUCAGGACCCCUGUCCGGAGGGCACGUUCGGCCUGCAUUGUGCCCAGCGGUGUGACUGUCGGCCUGGGGUGCCCGCCUGCCACGCCGUCACGGGCACCUGCCUCUGCCCCCCGGGCUGGCGGGGCCAGCGCUGUGAGAAAGUCUGCCUGCCAGGCUGGUUUGGAAAGGCCUGUGCCCAGCGCUGCUCCUGCGCCCCCGGCGUCUCCUGUAACCACGUCACCGGCGAGUGUGGCUGUCCCCUUGGAUUCACCGGCCUCGGCUGUGAGCAAGCCUGCCGGCCCGGGACCUUCGGCCUGAACUGCGGCCAGGUGUGCAAAUGCUCCGGCGAAAACCAGGACUGCCACCCGGUGACGGGCGAGUGUGUGUGCGCUGCCGGCUUCCACGGGGGCGGCUGCCGGCUCCGGUGCCCCCCUGGGCGCUACGGCCCCAGCUGUGAGCGCCCCUGCACGUGCCAGAACGGGGGCUCCUGCGAUGCGGGCACAGGCACCUGCCGCUGCCCUCCCGGCUACGUUGGCGCUGACUGCGGCCUGGUCUGCCCAGAUGGGAGAUAUGGUGCGGACUGUGCCCAGGUGUGCGCCUGCGGGGAGGGGGCCACCUGCCACCCUGUGCGAGGCACCUGUAUUUGCCCAGCCGGGAGAACGGGCCCCCACUGCGAGCAAGGCUGCCCCAGGGACCGGUUCGGCUUGGGCUGUGAGCUGGUGUGUCCCUGCAAGAACGGAGGCUUCUGUCAUCCCACCAAUGGCUCCUGCUCCUGCGGCCUGGGGUGGAUGGGAAAGCACUGUGAGCGAGCCUGCCCCCCUGGGAAAUAUGGUGCUGACUGCCUUUUGGAAUGUACCUGUCUCAACAACGGGACGUGCGACCGAGUGACCGGCGCCUGUCGGUGUCCCCCUGGCCAUUUCGGCCAGGCCUGUGAACACACAUGUCCCCCAGGCUUCCAUGGGGCUGGCUGCCAGGAGAUCUGUGAGUGUCACCAAGGAGCCCUGUGCCACCCGCUCACAGGCCAGUGUCUGUGUCCUGCUGGCUUCCAGGGUCAGUUCUGUGAGAAAGGAUGCGAGCCGGGGAGGUUUGGAGCUGGCUGCCGCCAGGCUUGUGACUGUGAGGGGGACGUGCCAUGUGAUCCAGCCACCGGCCAGUGCCUGUGUCCACCAGGGAGGAUGGGAGCCAAGUGUGACCUGGAAUGCCGAGGGAAUCGCUUCGGCCCUGGCUGCACCCUGAGCUGUGGCUGUGAGGGGAACUCUCACUGUAAUGCCCUCAACGGUCAGUGUGUCUGCAUGGGAGGCUACAUUGGGCCUACGUGUCGAGAAGGUGGCCCUCCCCAGCUCCCCGCCAGUAAGUCCCAAGUCUUCAACCCAGUGGCUUCCCAUCCUUCAUCCUACAGAUCAGCUCCCAGGUUCAGCCUACAGCCAGCAAAACAUUAGCCCCCAACCUCUGUCUCCCACUCCUACCCAGCCUUCCUUCCUUAGCCCAUCUUUGCAGUGUUACUAAGUGACUCAAAAUCCUCGGGGUACCACCGAUCAUCCCACUCAUCAUUUGGAACCAGCGUUUUUUCCGCUGCUGCUGCUGCUGAGGCCAGCCGAAUAACCCGAUUCCUCCAAAAGCUUCCUCCCAAAAAGGUCCGAGGAAGGACCGACAGCCUCUCGGGCUCGGGAGAGGCCGUCGCAGAGACUCCCCAUGUUGGGCUGCUGGGAGAAUCCCAAAGACACUGACUCAACUAAGAACCGUUGUGUUCUGAGGAACAAUUGCCGUCGGCCGCAGCCCAGAAAGGGCACUUCGGGAUGCUUGGAGGACGAGGAGAUGGCCUCUGGGUUUGUCAUGUGUGUUUCUAACUCUUCCCUGCAUCUUUCAGCAGGCUUCACCUGGUGCUAACCAAUGGGCUGUUGGCUACUGGACUGCUUCAGCCCCACCCUGUCCUGUCCUGGGGGCGGUUCCUUGUUUACCUGGAAAUAUAGUCCAAUAUGUAUUUAUGUAAAGAUAUUUAUGGGCAGCUGUACAAAGUCAGGUUCUGGGAGGCAGCCUUGGUGCUCCUGAGAGGUGCUGGAGGGGAUGGAGACAGCCCCCGACGGCGGCCUCUGCUUCUCCUCUGUGCUAAAGGCAUCCCCCUGCUCCAUCCUGAGGAGGGGAUCGAGUGUUCCGUUCUCACCUGAGCGGGCACUCCCGACGUAGCCUCCCUUUAUAUAUCAACCUGCCAACCGAUGUGUACUGUAAGGGUUCCAUGGCAAAGGGGCCCUGCACUGUGUAAAACUCACUAAGUUAAAGGAAUGAAACUU